AUGGCUUCAUCAGCGGACCAAGCUUCAAAUACACCUCUCCUCGACCACAUCGUCAUUCUUGUCCCCCACCAAGUACUCGCCUCUCUCCCGUCAUGGAUUUCCUCCGAAUUCACCAUCUUCACGGGCGGCCGCCAUGCUGAUGGGCUUACUGAAAACAAGCUUGUCAUAUUCGCCGAUGGCACAUAUCUCGAGCUCAUCUCCUUCGUCGAAGGCAUCAGUCAGGAGGAGCGCCUGAAGCACAAAUGGGGCCCGAAGCCAGACGGCACGGUCAUCGACUGGGCGUACUCUCUGAAGGACGAAUCCGGGUUUUCCGAAAUCCAGAAACGUGUGCGCGCCGCCCAGUCAAUAGCAGCCUACGAUGAUCCGGUUCCCGGGGGAAGAAUUCGACCAGACGGCGAGGAGCUGAAGUGGGCUGUUGCGCUUCCGGCCGGCGUCGGAACGGGGUCAGGGGCAGACGUGGAGAGGGGCGAGUUGCCGUUCUGGUGCUUCGACCGCACGCCGCGCGAGCUGCGCGUACCUAACCACGUGGCAGAGAACAUCAAGCACCCAAACGGAUCGCUCGGCGUUCAUUCUCUGUGGGUGGAUGUAAGGAGGGAGGAGUUCAAGAAGGCAUAUGCCGGGAUCAACGACCGGCCUGCCGAGGGUGAAAACGGCGGCCAGUGGACCUUUGACGUCCCUGUCCGCCAGUUUGAGGAUCCCAGAUACCUGUUUGUCGCGACCAUCUCCGGUGAGCAGGAACCCAGACAGUCGAUUCGGUUGGCUUUGUACACCGAAGCGGGGACACAGAAGCGGUCGAUUGGCGGCGACCUCGGUGGCGGAGUUUCUGUUUCUAUCGAUCUUGUUCCUAUUUCUGGUGCGUCUUCGUGA